AUGGCUCCUCAAUCAGAAGAUCAUGAUAUGAACAUGAGCCGACCCGUAGAUGAUAAUGAAGAUAUGGAGCAAAAGAUUAUCAACGAGGAGUAUAAAACAUGGAAGAAGAACAGUCCUUUUCUUUACGAUAUGAUUUUGAGCACUGCGCUAGAAUGGCCCACCUUGACAACCCAAUGGUUUCCCGAUGUUAAAGAACCAGCAGGAAAGAAUUUCUCGGUCCACAGACUUCUUAUUGGUACUCAUACAUCUAAUGGCGCACAGAACUAUCUACAAAUCGCAAACGUCGAGCUACCAAAAAAUGUCACCCCGAAUCAUGUUGAUUAUGAUGAGGAUCGCGAGGAGAUUGGAGGUUAUGGGAAAUCAUCAUCAGGGGAACAGGCGGCAAUCAAAAUGACCAUCGAACAGAAAAUCGAUCAUCCAGGAGAGGUUAAUAAGGCCAGGUACCAACCACAAAAUCCAAACAUCAUAGCCACUAUGUGCGUUGAUGGCAGAGUUUUGGUCUUCGAUCGUACCAAGCACAGCAGUCUUCCUAAAGGUAUUGUUAGCCCACAAGUUGAGCUUGUAGGACAUAAAAAGGAAGGUUUUGGUCUGGGCUGGAAUCCGCACGUUGCUGGCGAACUUGCGACUGGUAGCGAAGAUAAAACCGUCAGGUUAUGGGAUCUCAAUACUUUACAAGCAAAUGGUCAUCAAUUGAAGUCGAGUAAAGUUUACACCCACCACACUUCUAUCGUUAACGAUGUUCAAUAUCACCCUCUCCACAAAUCCCUCAUUGGAACAGUCUCAGAUGACUUGACCCUUCAAAUCCUUGACAUCAGACAACCAGAUACCGAUAAAUCAGUUAGCAAAGGGCAAGGACACACCGAUGCCAUCAACGCCCUGGCAUUCAACCCCGCAUCAGAAUUUGUCUUAGCUACCGCCUCGGCAGAUAAGACCAUUGGUCUUUGGGACUUGAGAAAUCUGAAAGAGAAACUUCACACCCUUGAAGGUCACAUGGAUGCUGUCACUUCUCUCGCUUGGCAUCCAACAGAAGAAGCGAUAUUGGGAAGUGGUAGUUAUGAUCGUAGGGUCAUUUUCUGGGAUCUUAGCAGAGUUGGUAUGGAGCAACUACCAGAUGACCAAGAGGAUGGACCACCUGAAUUAUUAUUCAUGCACGGAGGUCACACGAAUCAUCUUGCCGACUUCAGCUGGAACCAAAAUGAACCUUGGGUAGUAUGUAGCGCAGCCGAAGACAACCUAAUUCAAAUUUGGAAGGUAUCGGAAGGAAUUGUAGGAAAAGAUAUUGAGGAGAUCCCUAUGGACGAGCUGGAGCACUAG